AUGUAUUCGAUUCUCGAGGCUGAAAAACUGAUUAGGGAAGACAAUGUCAAAAUAAUAUUCAUGGUACGUGAUCCCCGUGGAAUGGCUCCAUCAAGAAUGAAAUUUAAUGACAUAUAUACCCCAGAGGAGAAUUUUAAUGAUGUAGUCAAAGGACAAGUUAAACUUCACCCAAAAAUGGAAGUGAUUGUAACCGACUAUUGCAAUUGGCUGAUGGAAAAUCACAUGCCCGAAUCACAGCUACCUGAUUGGUUGAGAGGAAAGUAUUUGGUAAUACGGUACGAAGAUACUGAGAGACAUCAGUCACGAUCAGUUCAAACCAUAUUUGAUUUCCUUGGGCUUGAAUACCACGAAGAAGACAUUAGGCAAGUUUUAGAAGAACUUGCAAAAUUUGAAGUGUUUGAAGAAGAUAACAAUAGCGAGCGAUGGAGAAAAAAACUAAGAAUAGAAGAAGUGAAACGGGUCCAAGAAUUGUGCACUAGUAAAUUAUUCAAAGAACUGGGGUAUAAAUUGGUGAAAACUGAACUUGAACUUAGGAACAGCUCCAUUUCUUUAGUUAAUGACAUUUAA